AUGGUGCAUGAUCCUAUGUCGGCUCUCAGCAUAGGAUGUUGCUGCAGAUGUUUGGAUGAGAUAGGUGAAAACUUGGAGGUGCUAGGGCUCCUCAUGGCAGCAAUUAUAAGAAUUUGUCAGCAUGGGCAAGACAUCUUGUCUCCUCACUUCAUUCAAGAAGUAGUCGAAUUGAAUAUUUACUGCGACCACUACCCUAGAGCUUGGGCACAUACUGGAAGUCAGGGGAACGUACGGUGCAUGCAGGAGACACCGUUCUGCCACACAUUUGUACACCUUCUCCUCUACUCCAUGUCAGAUUCCAACAAAACUGAUUUCAUCAACCCCUCCACCUUCAUCCUGCUGGGCAUUCCUGGCCUGGAGACAGCCCAUAUCUGGAUCUCCAUCCCCUUCUGCACCAUGUACAUCAUAGCUGUCUCAGGGAACUUCACCAUCCUAUUCAUCGUGAAGAUGGAACAAAGCCUCCAUGGGCCCAUGUACUAUUUCCUCUGCACGCUGGCUGUCUCUGACCUGGUCCUGACUACAUCCAUCCUGCCCAAGACACUGAGCAUCUUCUGGUUCAAUUCCAGGGAGAUCAAUUUCAGUGCCUGCCUCACCCAGAUGUACUUCAUUCACUGCUUCUCAGCUAUGGAGUCUGGGAUCCUGGUAGCCAUGGCUUUGGAUCGCUAUGUGGCCAUCUGCCAUCCCCUGAGACAUUCUACCAUCCUGACAAAUCCCGUGGUGGCCAAGAUUGGCUUGGUCGUGGUGCUGCGUGCAAGCAUGCUCGCACUGCCCAUUCCCUUCCUGGCAAAACUGUGGCCAUAUUGCAGAACGAACAUCAUCCUCCACACGCACUGUGAGUACAUUGCUAUGGUGAAGCUGGCCUGCGGCAACAUCCAUGUCAGUAGUUACUACGGCCUCUUUGUGGUAUUCUUUGUGACUUGUCUGGAUGUGCUUUUUAUCGCUGUGUCCUACACCCAGAUCCUCAGGGCCAUCUUCCACGUCCCCACAAAGGACACCUGGCUCAAGACAUUCAGGACCUGCAGCUCCCACGUCUGUGCCAUCUUAGCCCUUUACAUUUCAUGUCUCUUCUCCUCCCUCACACACCGUUAUGAGCACUAUGUUGCCUUGCAUUUCCAUGUUCUCAUGACCAACGUUUACCUCCUGGUGCCCCCCAUGCUAAAUCCCAUCAUCUAUGGGAUGAGGACCAAACAGAUCCAGGACAGACUGCUCCGGCUCUUUACUUAUAAAGGGACCUAA